AUGACCGAUGAUUAUGAGUUGGAUCCUGAAUGUGGAUGUUUUGGUUCUUCUUCGCAAACGCCGAAUAUGCAUAUAUUUAUUGGAGAAAGUUUUGCCAUUGAUGAUUCAUCAAUUGGGUAUUCUACUAUUGGAACGGCAUUGAAGGUCGAAAAUCGUUGCCCUGUUAUUAAAAAUUAA